CAGCCGGAGACUGGCUAAAUGUCAGUGAGAAGACAAACAGCUCAAUAGCGAUCCCUCGCUGGCCAGGCUAACAGAACUGAGGUCACAGCUUGCGUCCGAAAGCAGCCUUCACGGGACCUUUUCCUGUAUGUCCUAUGCUUAACCAAAUUCUAGAGAAGGGGUAGAGACCAGAAGAGGAAAUAUGUGCGUCAUUGUCUUCUAAACACAAAGACCAAAUUUCUACAAAGGUAAAAUGAGUAAGAGAGAGAUAAAUGCGUGCCAACAAACUUGGGCCUUGCUGCACAAAAACAUCCUCAAGAAAUGGAGAAUGAAGAGAGAGACCUUAAUGGAAUGGAUGAGUUCGUUGCUCCUCCUGCUGCUUUUGUACAUACUGAUACGUCUCAAUGGUCAUCAGUUGAAAGAUUUUUCUUCAUUGUCUGCCAUGAAUCUGGGACGGGUAGAUUCAUUCAGUCAUAAAUUUUCGAUUGUGUAUACACCCAUCACCAGAGAAACCCAACAGAUCAUGAAUACAGUAGCCAAUGCCUCCUUCAUGGCAGACAAAGAAGUGGUGGGACUGCCAGAGAAUGAAGAUAUUGAAGAUUUCACAAGAAAUUAUCCUGGAGAAAUAGCAGCAGUGAUUUUUACUGAUACAUAUUCAUAUCAUCUCAAGUUCUUCUCAGAAGGAAGAAUCCCAGUACAGAAAGAAAACAGUGACCACACAGGUCAUUGUUAUGAAACAUAUGAAAAUAUUUACUGUCAUGCAUCACUAUUCUGGAAGGGAGGGUUUGUGGCUCUUCAAGCUGCCAUUAACGCUGCUAUUAUAGAGACCACAACAAAUCACUCAGUGAUGGAAGAGUUGAUGUCAAUGACUGGAAAAUUUAUGAAGAUCUAUCCCUUUGUGAGUCAAGGAGGAUUUCACACUGAUUUCUUCCUUUUCUUCUGCAUCAUUUCCUUUUCCCCUUUCACUUACUAUGCAUCCAUCAAUGUUACCAGAGAGAGAAAAAGGAUGAAGGGCUUGAUGAUGGCUAUGGGCCUUCGAGAUUCAGCGUUUUGGCUUUCCUGGGGUUUGCUCUAUGCUGGUUUCACCCUCGUUCUGGCCUUCCUUCUGGCACUUGUCAUAAAGUCGAUCCAGUUUUUCUUCUUGGCAAACUUCAUGGUGGUCUUUGCACUCUUUCUUCUCUAUGGAUUGUCUAUGACCGCACUGGCGUUCUUAAUGAGCGUGUUGAUAAAGAAGCCUUUCCUCACCGGCCUGGCGCUCUUCUUUCUCACGGUCUUCUGUGGGAGUCUGGGGUUCACAGCACUGUACAGACACCUUCCUGCAUCCUUGGAGUGGGUUCUAAGCUUGCUGAGUCCCUUCGCUUUCACUCUUGGAAUGGUUCAGCUUUUACGUUGGGACUAUGAUUUGAAUUCUAAUGCAUUUCCUGGCUCUUCUGACGACUCAAAUCUGAUUAUAGCAACACUCUUCAUGUUGGCAUUUGAUACUGUCGCUUACCUGGUAUUGAUGAUAUACUUUGAAAAAGUUUUGCCAAAUGAAUAUGGAUAUCAAUAUUCACCUUUGUUUUUCCUGAAGUCCUCCUUUUGGUCACAACAACAGACUCAUCAUGGAGCCCUCGAAAAUGUGACAGGUCCCAGUCUUUUACCCAAUGACUCUUUUGAACCAAUGUCUUCGGAAUUUCAAGGGAAGGAAGCCAUCAGAAUCAGAAAUGUUACAAAAGAAUAUAAAGGAAAACCUAGUAAAAUAGAAGCUAUAAAAGACCUGACAUUUGACAUAUAUGAAGGCCAAAUCACCGCCAUUCUUGGCCACAGUGGAGCUGGAAAAUCAACACUGUUAAAUAUCCUAAGUGGGUUGUCUCUCCCUACCGAAGGUUCUGUCAUCAUUUAUAAUAACAGACUCUCAGGAGGAGCUGACCUAGAAAGUGUCACCAGGAUCACCGGAGUUUGCCCACAAUCUAAUGUGCAAUUUGACUUCCUCACUGUGAGAGAAAACCUCAGGCUCUUUGCUAGAAUAAAAGGGAUUCAGCCACAAGAAGUGGAUAAGGAGGUCCAAAGAGCCUUGCAGGAAUUAGAAAUGAAAAACAUUCAGGGUGUCCUUGCUGGAAACUUAAGUGGAGGACAGAAAAGGAAACUUACCUUUGGGAUUGCCAUUUUAGGAGACCCUCAGAUUUUCCUCCUAGACGAGCCCACAGCAGGGCUGGAUCCCUUCUCCAGGCACCGUGUCUGGAACUUCCUGAAGGAGCAUAAAGCCGACCGUGUGAUCCUCUUCAGCACCCAGUUCAUGGAUGAGGCAGACAUCCUGGCCGAUAGGAAAGUGUUUCUCUCCCAAGGGAGGCUGAAGUGUGCGGGCUCUUCUCUGUUUCUGAAGAAGAAAUGGGGAAUCGGUUAUCACCUGAGUUUGCAGUUGAAUGAAGUAUGCUCUCAGGAAAACAUAACAUCACUUAUUAAACAGCACAUCCCUGCUGCCAAAUUGUCAGCAGAAAGUGAAGGAAAACUUGUCUAUAUCUUACCAUUAGAAACAACCCAUAAGUUCCCAGACCUUUAUAAGGACCUUGAUAACUGUCCUAGCCUGGGAAUAGAGAAUUAUGGUGUUUCCAUGACAACCCUGAAUGAAGUAUUCCUGAAAUUAGAAGGAAAAUCAGCAACUGAAAAAUCAGAGAGUGACAUCCGGGGAGGCACGCAAGAGGAAAGAGCAGGAGAGACAGAAAGGCUUAUUGAGAUGGAACAAAUUCUCUCUUCACUGACAGAAAGGAGAAAGCCAGUAAGUGGCAUGGCUCUCUGGGGACAGCAAGUCUGUGCCAUUGCCAAGGUUCGCUUCUUAAAGUUAAAGCACGAGAGAAAAGCUCUUUUAUCACUGUUGUUGAUUCUGCUGUUCGGGUUCUCCCUCGUUCUUCUUGACUAUGUUUUUGUGAAAAUACACCAGCACAGUUACACUUGGGAACUCUCUCCUCGUUCGUACUUCCUUGCUCCCGGACAGCAGCCUCAUGCCCCUCUCACUCCACUGUUGAUCAUCAACCACACAGGGGCAAGCAUUGACAAGUUUGUACGUUCUGUUGAGCGCCAGAACAUUGCUGUGGAAGUAGAUGUCUCCGGAAGUAGUGAUGGGGAGGACAACCCAGCUUACAACGGUGCCGUCGUUGUGUCUACUAAAGAAAAGAAUUAUAAGUUCUCACUGGCGUGCAAUACCAAGAGACUGAACUGCUUCCCCGUUCUUGCGGACGUUGUGAGUAACGGGCGCCUCGGAAUGUUUGCACCGUCGGCGCGCAUUCGCACCGACAGGAGCACGUUUGUGGAAGACAUAGAUGUGAACCCACUUCUGUUCGUGGGACACACCAUAUUCUGGUUGAUCUCAGCAUCCAGCUGUCCUCCCUACAUUGCCAUGAGCAGCAUCGGUGACUACAAGAGCAAAGCGCGGUCGCAGCUUCGGAUCUCGGGGCUCUUCCCCUCUGCCUACUGGCUCGGGCAGGCGCUGGUGGACGUCCCCCUGUACAUGUCCAUCUUCCUUUUUAUGUACUUCAUGGACUAUGUUUUAAACUUCCACGAGGCCAUGUUUACAGUCAUCUUACAUGCUCUUCAAAUCCCGUGUGCUGUCGGGUAUACCAUGUCACUCACCUUCCUGAUGUACGUGAUUUCAUUCAUUUUCCGUAAAGGAAGAAAAAAUAGUGGCAUCUGGUCAUUUUGCUUUUAUGUUGUCACCACAUUCUCUGUGAUUUUAUUCUAUCUGUUGGAUUUCUUUGGACAAACUACACCAUACGGCAUCAUUUUUUUAGUACCACAAGCCACACUGGUUGUCGCUUUGUUAUCUAUUUCUUUCGGCAGAUUGUCUAUUUCUGGCGAAGGACCAGAGAACAGAGAGCAGUUUCUGGUGUUGCUAGUUCCUUACCUUCACUGUAUCAUUUUUCUUUUUCUUCUUCGAUGUCUAGAAUGGAAGUUUGGAAAGAAACCAAUGAGAAAGGAUCCACUGUUUAGAAUCUCUCCUCGAAAAAAUGCUAUGUGUCAAAAUCCAGAAGAGCCGGAAGGGGAAGAUGAGGAUGUUCAAAUAGAAAGGAUGAAAACAGCCGAUGCCUUGAAUUCCACCAAUUUUGAGGAGAAGCCCAUCAUUGUUGCCAGCUGUCUACGCAAGGAGUACAUGGGGAAGAGGAAGAACUGUUUUUCCAAGAGGAAGAAGAAAAUAGCCACAAGAAAUGUCUCCUUCUGCGUCAGGACAGGUGAGAUUUUGGGAUUAUUAGGAUGCAAUGGAGCUGGCAAAAGUACAUCCAUAAAGAUGAUCAGUGGAGACAUAAAGUCAACUGCCGGCCAGGUGCUGCUGAGAGGGAGCAGUGAGGCUGACCCCCUGGGGUUCCUGGGGUACUGUCCUCAGGAGAACGUGCUGUGGCCCAACCUGACUGUAAGGGAGCACCUGGAGGUGUUUGCUGCUGUGAAGGGGCUGAGCAAGGCGGAUGCUCCGGAGGCCAUAGCACGGUUGGUCGAGGCGCUCAGGCUGCAGGCCCAGCUGCAGGCACCCGUGAAGACCCUGUCAGAGGGAAUAAAGAGGAAGCUGUGCUUCGCUCUGAGCAUCCUGGGAAACCCAUCGGUGUUGCUUCUGGACGAGCCGUCCACGGGGAUGGACCCCGAGGGCCAGCAGCAGAUUUGGCAGGCAAUCCGGGCCACCAUCAGAAACACAGAGAGGGGCGCCCUCCUGACGACCCACUACAUGGCAGAGGCCGAGGCCGUGUGUGACCGUGUGGCCAUCAUGGUGUCGGGACGGCUGAGGUGUAUCGGCUCCAUCCAACACCUGAAAAGCAAAUUUGGCAAAGAUUACCUGCUGGAGAUGAAAGUAAAGACCCCCACCCACGUGGAGCCCCUCCACACAGAAAUCCUGAGGCUCUUCCCCCAGGCAGCUCGGCAGGAAAGGUAUUCGUCUCUGAUGGUGUAUAAGUUGCCAGUUGAAAACGUGCGGCCUUUAAGCCAAGCUUUCUUCAAAUUAGAGAAGGUCAAACAAAGCUUCGACCUGGAGGAGUACAGCCUCUCCCAGUCCACUCUGGAGCAGGUAUUCCUGGAGCUCUCUAAAGAGCAGGAGCUGGAUGAUUUUGAAGAGGAGCUGGAUCCUUCCGUGAAGUGGAAGCUCCUCCCACCGGAAGAGCUUUAGACGGAAAUGUACUCUGUGUCACUGUGGAUGCCUGUUUGGCUUUUUAUAUACAUUCAUUUUUAUAGCAUCUCUGUCCCAGCAUUUUAGAAAUGGUAGUGUCAACAUGGAGAUGCUUAUUGCAUGGCAGAGGGAAGGAGUGCAUGCUGGGUACAAGCAGGACCUCUGCGGGCAGAGACCCAGGACUAAGUCAUCUCCUGCCCCCGCUUCUACGUGUCCACCAGCAUCUGGGCUGAUUUUCUGUACAAUGCUGAAUAAAUGCAUUUCAUUGCAUACACUGUUGAAGCUUUUAAGGAUGAUAAAUAAAUUGUGUUUAACUUGUUUCAAUUCAAAUGUUAAAAUAUAUUUUUCUUAAACAACAGUGAGAAAUCAACAUAUUUAUCCUGUGGAGAUCUUCUACUUUCAACAGUUGAGAGCUUAGUAAGAAUUUGCUUUGUGUAAUAGAUCUUGGUAUACGCCUUACGCUAACCAUUCUACCACAUCACUGGCCAUAUUCUCUGGGACCAAGAUAGUCCAGCCUGAGAUGAACUGCUAAAUUAUCAUGGCCCUGAUUCAACACGGCUGACUCCCAAAAACAACAGCUUCUCUUUCCAAUGACCACCUCCUCCUUCAUCCCCAUCCCAGUCCUGGAUACAACUUCCUUUCACCUUUCCUGCGCCACAACGGAGGCCCCCAUCAGCUCCUCACAUGUCACUAAACCUGUCCCUCAAACUCUGCCCCAUAGUCUCAGCCUUCCAUUGUCUCCGGUUAGAGGAUCCCCCGUGUCCUUCGGAUGCUCUCCGUGUCCUCCUCAAUGGCAAUAAAGGCCUUUUCCUCUCUUUUACUUCUGCUCCUCUGCCAGGCCAAAAAACCCAACAGAUAUAUUUAUAUCCACCAUUAGCACUAUGAUACAGACAGACUGUGAAAAGUAGGAAACAUCAUUAUGAGGUGAAUACACUUUUCUUACUUCCAUAAGCCAACUGUGUGCCCUUUUGAAAGGAUUUAAAAAUAUAGGUCUUAUAGAUUUGUGGAUUGUAAGUAAUACUCCAUGAAUAUCUGUCACUUUAAUUCUCAAGGUUGGUAAAUACAGUAACAACCCAAAUGACCAAACAGGCGAACAAAUUCAUUUUCUGUAUUGUUUUCUAUUUCGUGUACUUUAUGCAAUCUUCUCUUCCUGACUCCCUGGCCUAUGAACACAGUUCCCUGAGACAUCAUUAAAGCAAGCCUGGGUGACAACGUUAUCUGGGAAGGAGUACAGGCCGUGGUUGCCCCGGAGCCCUGCGUGGUUCGCUUAGCUUCCGUGGUCUUUUUCACCUCGCAGAAUUGGUGGGAGUUACACAGUGCCAGGUCUGGUGAACGAAGCAGAUGAGGAUGCACUGCGAUUCCGCAUAAUCUGGCCUUCCCUCCAGGUGGCACUCAGCUCAGCCAACAAGAUUUACCACAUUUCUUAGUCUCACCUGGUGAAGUCACCGAACAUGUCCAGGUCUUCUUCAGAAAGAGGCAGGAGCAGUGGAAGAAGGGUUUGAACCCAAGGGAUUGUCUUGGGGGUCUUAAUGGUAGCGUGUCUUUUAUUGUCAUAAAUAUUUUUAAAUUUUUCCUGUGUUUUGAUCCCACCACAUACAUUACUGUACU